UUUGACACCAGCUUUAUUGACAAAGCAACUAAAUAACCACACACACCUGUAGAGAACACUGCAGUUCAAGGCAGUCUGCUACACUGCAGAUCACCUGGCUAUUAAUUUGUACCAUUAUUAAAUGUAUUAUAUUCACUUUCUUUCAUCAUCUGGGGUUCUGGACAACAGUGGCAUUUUAAGACAGGGAGGUUCAUCAGACAGAAACAAUUCUUUGUGAGAUUAUACUGUAGAUUUAGCACUGAUUUUAGUGUUUUCAAGGAACCUAAUGUCACACAAAUACCUGCCUAUACAUUUGACAUUUAGUUUUCAUAUUUUGUCAUAUCCAUGAAAUACUGGGUUUAUUGGGUUGACAGCUUAUGUUAUCCACAUGAACAAAGUGACAGAGUGCAAUCACUGAAGGUGAAUUUGUUUACGUUUGUGUUUUGCCAUAACUUUGUGGUCUGGUAAAAUAAGAAAGGAAAUGAAGGAAUGGAGAAGGGAAGGAGACAAGGAUGCCACUACACAGUGUUGGGUCGCGGCCUGCUCUAUUCCUUCGACUCUGUUCACCUCCAUUCACACAGUAAAUAAAAGCAUGGAGGCUCAGACUCUCGGGAUCUAACACCGAACAGCGGGGGGUAAAGACACUGCCGCAUGCGCUCUCCCUUUCACCAAAACACACAGGAAGCAAGCGGGACAGCGUCGAACGCUUUGCCACUUGGAUUGAACUCAUUUUACGUGGAAGAGAGGAUUGUACUUGGUGACAGGAGCGGGGCAGCCCGCCGUGCUGAGCAUGAAGCGGGCGGCUGUAGUGGCCAGGCACAAUGGCCUCGUCUCUCCGCUGGGGAACAACAACUCCGGGGCUUCGAGCAUCGUUUCACCGCCCCAGCCGAAAGCCACUAGUAUCUCUGCUUCUGCCGACAGCGGUAUAGGCGGUGGGAUGGACGGCCUGUUGGAUUUCUCCAAAGGCCCCACCGUCAAAACCGAGCUGGUUUGCAAAUGGAUUGACCGAACUUCUUCGAGACAGAGGCUUGGGCGGACGGCGACAUCCGUCUGCGACCAAACUUUCAGCUCCAUGCACGAGCUGGUGGACCACGUCACCACCGAGCAUGUAGCAGCGGGGCUCGAGACCCUCAGUCAUGUCUGCAUGUGGGACGAGUGUAUGCGCGGCGGGAAGGCAUUUAAAGCCAAAUACAAACUCAUCAACCACAUUCGCGUGCACACCGGGGAGAAGCCUUUUUCAUGCGCAUUUCCCAACUGCGGCAAGAUGUUCGCACGCUCCGAGAACCUCAAGAUCCACACGCGCACGCACACAGGUGAGAAGCCGUUCCAGUGUGAGUUUUGCGAGCGCCGCUUUGCCAACAGCAGCGAUAGGAAGAAGCACUCACAGGUCCACACAGCCUCAAAGCCCUACGACUGCAAGGCCAUGGGCUGCACCAAGUCCUACACCCACCCCAGCUCCCUGCGCAAACACAUGAAGGUUCACAUCAAGUCAUCACCUACCUCUGAACCCCAGGAUGCGUACGACUCCAUCGCUCAUCAACUCCAACAACCUCAUCAGGCUCUCAUCGAGCCCCUUGACCUUAAAAUUAACCGCCUCUCUCCGUCGCUUGCCAACAAAAACGCUCAUUUUCCUCUUCUGUCCAAUAACGAAUUGGAUAUCAGCUCAGCCAGUGAAGUGGACCACAAGCUGCUGCUGCGGAGUUCAUCUCCCAUGGCGAUGCCGUUGGAUCUCUCUCUGUCAGGCCUGAAGAGUCAGCUGUCCCAGAAGCAGCAAAGUGGCAGGACCCCACGCAGGAGCCAGCGUUCAGUCAACCCAGCCUUACCUCAGUUGUCUAACAUUAAGGAGUGGUAUGUCUGUACCAGGACUACAGCACCACACUUUCCUCUACUUCACCCAGACCACAUCAAAUCAGAACCUAGUGAUGAUGAGGAGUACGUCACGUAGGAUGGACGGACUGGUGAAUUUGGACGUGAAGAACACACGUCAUAUAUUGUCAGAGUCAGGUCAGGCCUGGAGAUGCUCUGUGGAAUCAUAGUAAUUUUUCAGAACCAGCAGUUUUAUGGUUCAUUGGCCCUUCUAAGAUGGAGAAAGUUGUGAUCAGAUUGGAGGUUUUACUCCAUCUCAGAUACAAAAUUCAGCUUGGACAUCGUCCCAGUGUGUGGACCAAAAGCAAUGGCUUACACAUUGCCAGAAGGGGCAAGAGGAAUUCCAUCGUUAUAGUUAUAAAACAAAAUGUUUGGCACGAAACUGAAAGCUGUCUAAUCAGUGUUAGCAACCUAACCUGAACUAACAAAGGGGAUAACAUUGUGCAAAUGGACCAGGGAAUGUUGGUGACUGCUCUGCCUGCUGUUAAGAGGGUGUGUGUACAUGAAGACCUCUCUAGAGAGACAGAUUAUUGACCAGUUUAUCUAAGAGCUCCAGCUAGAUGAAGCAAUUUCAAGGGCUAAUUUGACACUGAUGGAAAGUGGUUCAUGUUAACCUGAGCUCACGGUAGCACUGUCCACAUUGUAACACAGCAGAGCCAAAACAGCAGGCAUACAAUGUGGGCCUGUCAAAGGUCCACUGUGUAGGAUUUAGGGGCAAGAAACUGAAUAUAACUUUCAGAAUUGUUUUUUCAUUAGUGUAUAAUCACCUGAAACUAAGAAUGCUUGUGUUUUUGUUACAUUAGAAGCCUUCUGUAUCCCCAGAGUGAGUGGAUCCUCUUCCACGGAGUGUGACACGUUUGUACAGAAGCCCAGAAUCGACGAACCAAACACUGGCUCUGCAGAGGGCCUUACUCGUUUUUAGUGGCCACUGCAAGAGGAGGGUGAGAUGAGAGGUAUUCAGUUGGUUGCAAUCUGUAACCUCACCACUAGAUGCCACUAAAUCCUACACACUGAACCUUUAAGGUCUCAGUAUGCUUUAAACAAACUAGUUUGUACAGUGUCAGAAAGUGAUAAAAACUGAUAAUGCUGUCAGAAAUGGGGGUUUGAAAUGCUGUUUGGUGGUCCAACAAGCACUUUGUUUGAAGAAAACUGAGGCCUUUACUAACAAACCAUUAUUAGUAAUAACUUGUUGAAAAGUGUUUCAUGUGGUCACGGUCUUAUCCAAUGCGUCUGCAGUUUGGAAGACAGUGGGACUCAUCUUGCUUUGUACUGCUCAUCAAGUGUCUCUUACCCUCAUCAACUCUAUGGACCUGUCAGUAGGUUUUUUUUUGACCUGCAUCUGUUUACACUCCAUUUGCAAUUUAGUCAAGAAGGUUACCAAAAUUACCAUAUAUGUCAUACCCAUUUCCCUUCAACAUGAAAAUGUGUAUUAAAUGAAGACAUCUAGUAUUAUCCCUUCCCUUAUCAAAUGGUGCAGCCAUAAAAAGAGGCGUCAUGGAUUUGAAUAUUUACUCAUUGUAAAGCUUCCUUUGUAAGUGAAUCAACGAAACGAGCAGAAUGUAUUGUGUCAGACUGUUGUACAACUUGAAAACAUCUGUUUGAAUUUACUGCGUUGAGAACACUUUUAAUGGCUCACAAGUGACUUUUACCAAUGUACAUUAUUGGUCAUUUCAAGAUGCAUUUGAACCUAGGACAUAAGAAAACCCACCUGAAAGAAUAUUGUUUAAAAGCACGGAAGCCUAUUAGCUAAGAGUGUGAGUUUAAAAAAAAGAUCCUGUAAGUCUUUAGAAUGAAAAACUUCAAAUAAUUCCUCAAUUCCCAAAAGUACUUCCUUUCAAAAUACUUCCCUAACAUCUCAAAAUAGUGACUUAGUAUCUCAAAAUAAAAAUCAUAAUCAUCACUUGGAGAACGUUUCUCAUUGUUCUCAGAUACUAAGUCUUAAUCCUGAGAUACUAUAUCAUUAUUCCAAUAUACUGUAUCAUGACUUAGAGGAUCUUUUUUUUUCACCACAUUGAGAGAAAGGGGCUGUCAUGGAAAUGUACACUAACACUAACAAAUGCUGUUUUAAGGGAAGAUUACGGUAUGUUACAAACCAGGGAGCAGGUGUAUUAAUGAUGGUACAUUCAAAAACCAUGCAUACAACAUUUCCCACACAUUAAGUGGUAUUUGUAAAAGGACCUAAAUGCAUACUUCAUACCUGUCGUAGUCUACACACAGUUUUAGCUGAGAUAGCUGCAGGUGUUAGUAUAAGGGGGACAUGAAAUAUAAGGUAAGAGAUGUAACCUUAGAGUGAAACCUUGUUUGUCCACUGAUUGUUAUUAUGUUGCAGUCUAUACUGUGUUCUGUAAAAUGUCACUCAGAGACACAUUUAUAAAGUUAAUUUUAAAUUAU